UAUACCAGGACCCCCUCGAAAUCACUUCUUUCUCGGUCACUUCACCUCUCUCUAUGCCUGCCUUGGAGACAACAACGUCGUGUCCAAAUACCUUUAUGAGAACGUCAAGAAAUUCGGCCACACUUUACGCUUCUUUAUGUUCCAUCGUCCAUUUGUUGUGGUUGUUGAUCCUUCAGCUGUGCGCGAUAUCCUGGCCUCUGGCAAACACAAGCGAUGUAAGACAACGUGCAAGCACGAGGGUUACAUCUUCGGAGCCCGCUGGCAGGGAAGUGGGCUGUUGACCGAUUAUAACGAAGCUCGUCUUGCUCAGAGGUUGGCCAUUUUUGAACCAGUGUUUCAUAAGGAUUAUCUGAUGGCAUGUCUUCCGGAGAUGAACAAAGUAGCGGAGAACGUUAUGAGACAGUUCACCUUUCUGGCUGACGGCAAAACUCUGAUAAGUCUCUCUCAGCAAUUUGAGCGCGCCAUAUUUGACAUGCUCUGUAAGGCGUUUUUCAACAAAGAUAUGGACUCCAUAACUUGCCAGCGCGAUGAAGUAAAACAGGCAGCAUUCACCCUCCUCUCCUCAAGGCGAAAGGAAAAGUCUGACCCGUGGACAAAUGUGAGCUUCUACAGACGCGAUCUGCGUUCCUCCACCAGACAAGCCUGUGCCUUGCUUCGAAAGACAGGAGCCUCGUGGCUAGCCGAGAGGGAGAACCAAGUAUCCCGUGGAAAUGUACCAAACGAUGUUCUGACGAGGUUGAUUGAACUAUCCAGAGUUAAGGGAAUCGUACAAGAUGACGUUUUGGACGACUUCAUGGUGUUCAUGAUUGCCACAUUGGAACACACGCCGAACGUCUUGUCCUUCCUGGUCAGGGAAGCUUGCAGAAGACCGGAUGUUUACAAGAAACUGAACGAAGAAGUGGACAAGGUCAUAACCGGAAGUUCAGUCGUGGACGAGAAGGCCCUAUCGGAUUUGUCGUACAUGGAUUCGGUGCUGCGUGAGACUUUACGCCUUUACCCGUCAGAAGUGGAGAUUGUCCGUAUCACGUCCUCCAAGGUGCUGUCUAAAGGUUGUGUAAUUCCCUCCGGGACUCCCGUCAUAGUAAGCCCCCUCCUCAGCGGCAGGGAGGAAUCCUUCUUUGAAAAUCCAAUGGAAUUCAAUCCGGAACGCUUUGUUAAGAAUGGACACUCCCUGCCAAACUCGUCAGUCUACUUCCCGUACGCGGAUGAAGUCAGGGAAAAGUUUCAUCGUUUCGGAGAAGUGGCAAUGAAAGUUUUGUUGUCAAAAAUGCUGCAGAAACUCACAAUUCUGGUCUUUCCCGAUCAGACAUUUGGAGAGACGAAUUUACCCUGCCUGAGACCGGACCGAGGAGGAGUGGUUGUCUUCAACUCGCGCUUUGCACCGCACAAGUAUAUUUAUGACGUCUAGCUGCUGCGUGAACCUGAAUCUGUGGACGUUGGCCAGACCCAUGCACUUACAUACAACGCCUGUCGGUGCGUUGUAAAAAACACAGAUUCAAAAUUGGACUAACUAUUCAUAACAUCAUAAACUGGAAUGACCCAGCACGUGCGUGGUAAAAACAAA